AAUGAAAAAUGCAACGACGCAACAAGUUGUAAUCUAAAUCGACUCUGUGGUGGGGAACUGGGGAACUCGCACCGUUUUGAGCUGCACCCAAGGCCCGAAGGGUCGGAGUCGGAGAGUCUCGCGUCCGCGCGAUGUGACCGGGAGCUCCUUGUGAAAAGGGCGCCAAAAGAAACAUUAGAUGAAGUUGACCCAUACAUUGAUCAAUUUCAAAAGGCUGGUUUGGAUGCUGAAGGACUGGAUGUACUUUCUUUUCAAUUCAUAAAUCAGCACAUUUUGCGUGAGAAAGUUCUUCAUCCUGAAAAUCUGGGUGGUUUUAUUUUUACGAGCCCUAGAGGUGUCGUAUCUGUUGCCCAGUGCUUUGAGGGUGAUGAUAUUGACUCACAGGCAUGGUCUGUUUUACCCUCAUAUGUGGUUGGGGAAGGUACAGCUAAAGUUUUGUGGGAAAAAUUGGCAUUGCCAAGCGUUGGACAUGAAUCUGGCAGUGCUGUUGAAUUAGCUGAUUAUAUUUGCAGUGUUCAUAAAGACAAAACAUCAAAGCCUUUGCUUUUCCCCAGCGCUGAACUUAAGCGCAACACAUUGUUAGAUUCUUUGACCAAUACUGGAAUUGCUGUUGACUGUGUAACAGCUUAUAAGACUGUUCCUCAUCCACAGUUAAGUAGCCUCUUAAAGGAUAAAUUUGAAAGAAGUUUUCCAAAACCUGACUGCUUAGUGUUUUUUAGUCCUUCAGGAGUAAAUGCCACUUUGAUUGCUCUUCAAGAUAUCAGUGUCAACCUUGAAAUUUUAAAAAUGGUAGCUAUUGGGCCAACCACUGAAGCAGCAAUUAAAGAGCAUGGACUUUCUGUCUUUGCUACAGCAAAAAAGCCAUCUCCUGCAGGAUUACUUGAAGCCAUUAAUAAUGCAAGAUUAGGCUCACAUCACUUUACAACUAACUAAUGUGGUGAUCUGCCUAUUAUUGUGUGAAUUGAAAGUGAUCCAGAUUUCUUUGGAUAGGUGCUGCAGUCUUCUCCUUUGGUCCUGGAGUAAGUUUGAAAUUCAUGAGAUUGAGCAGCUUAAUUAGGGAAAAAAAGUGCUACCAGUAUCCCCAACAAUGUAGAAAUUUAAACUACAGCAUCAAAAUCACGUCCAGUGAGUGUGCUACUACAGCAAAAAGUUAACAUGUAAAAUUCUUUUAACCAAACACGAUUGAAUAAAAAACUUUUCUGCAAA